CCAUCGAGGACGAGUACAGUGGCCCCAAACUGGAUGGUGGCAAGGUGACGUUGGCUUUCAUGAAGGAGCUGAUGCAGUGGUACAAGGAGCAGAAGAAACUCCACAGAAAAUGUGCCUACCAGAUCCUGGUGCAGGUGAAGGAGGUUCUGGCCAAGCUCCCCACGUUAGUAGAAACGACGUUGAAGGAGAACGGGCUGCCCUCCGAGUCGAACCCUUACAUAUUCAACGGGGACUUCGUGGACCGCGGAUCCUUCUCGGUCGAGGUCAUCCUCACGCUCUUCGGUUUCAAACUCCUCUACCCGGAUCACUUCCACCUUCUCCGAGGGAACCACGAGACGGACAACAUGAACCAGAUCUACGGUUUCGAAGGAGAGGUGAAGGCCAAGUACACGGCGCAGAUGUUCGCCCUCUUCAGCGAGGUCUUCGAGUGGCUGCCGUUGGCCCAGUGCAUCAACGGCAAAGUGCUGAUCAUGCACGGGGGGCUCUUCAGCGAGGACGGCGUCACCCUCGAUGACAUCCGGAAGAUCGAGAGGAACCGGCAGCCCCCGGAUUCAGGUGGCGGAUGCGGGGUGACGGUGACGGUGGCCUUCCCGCAGAACGGCCGCUCCGUCAGCAAAGGCGGGGGCACCUGCCAAUUCGGACCCGAUGUCACCAAGAGCUUCUUGGAGCGUAACCGCCUCGACUACAUCAUCCGCAGCCACGAGGUGAAGCCCGAGGGCUACGAGGUGGCCCACGAUGGCAAAUGUGUCACCGUCUUCUCUGCCCCCAACUACUG